AUGGCCAAGGAAAUCGAGAAGGCAAAUGAAGAAGAAGAAGAAGAAGAUUCUGCUGUACGGCUUCUUCGUGAAAUGGGUUAUAAGCAAGAGCUCUACCGUGGUUUUGCACCGUUCAUGUCAUUUACGUUUUGUUUUACUGCUGUAAAUGUACUAGCAUCGAUUACAAUUGGUUUUUCUCUCUCGUUGAAGACAGGUGGAUCAGCAAUUGCCAUUUGGAGCUGGUUUCUUAGUUCUAUCUUCACAAUUCUUGUUGGUUUGUCAUUCGCCGAAAUAUGUUCGGUCUAUCCAAGCGCCGGAUCUGUCUAUCAUUGGUAUGUAAUUGAUGAGAGAACAUCACUAAUGACGGAAUCUUAUUCAAAUCUCAUCCUAUAA